UAAAAAGCGCUUUCUCUGCUUUAAGCUUUUACAGUUACCAAAACGUUUUCGGUGAAUCAUGGCCGUUGAUUCGCCUAACCGGCGAGAACUAAUCCUCAAUAUCAACGACGAGAACAGAACCACCAUCAAUGUUGUCACCGGAGAGACGACGGCGAAGACAAGGAGACAGAGAGACGGAAGUUACGACUUUUGGACUGAUGGUGGCGAGCCGUCAGAGGAAGCCUUUGAGUUCCGGCGCGGCGAGGAUCCUCCGACGAAGCUGAUCGGUCAGUUUCUCCACAAACAGCAAGCAAACGGCGAGUUUUCUCUCGACAUGGACUUAACCAUGGAUGAGCUUCAGUCCAAGAGUUUAACUCCGGUUACAGAGUCUCCGACCAUUACCAAACCCGACGACGGAGAAGUUGUCAAGUGUAGUGGAAACGCUACGAGUCAUAGAAACUCAACAAACUUGCUUAAGACGCGAACUAGGUCACGUCUUUUAGACCCUCCAACACCGAAGCAGACACCUUUGCCUCCAAAGUCAGGUCAGAUAAAGUCAGGUUUUUUCGGUAAAAGCCCUAAGAAUCAAGGAGAUGAAGAAGGAGAAGAGGAUCCGUUUAAUGAAGAGGACUUACCAGAAGAGUACAAGAGAGAUAAGUUAAGUCUAUGGAUUGUAUUAGAAUGGUUAAGUUUGAUACUUAUAAUCACUGCUUUGGUUUGCACACUUAUGAUACCUUUCUUGCGUGACAAGUUACUAUGUGAACUUGAGCUAUGGAAAUGGGUAACAAUGGUUUUAGUUCUGUUCUGCGGGAGACUAGUCUCUAGCUGGAUCGUGAAGCUAGUCGUGUUCUUGGUCGAAAGGAACUUUCUUUUGAGGAAAAGAGUUUUGUAUUUUGUUUACGGUGUGAGAAGAGCAGUGCAGAACUGCUUAUGGUUAGGACUUGUUUUACUCGCGUGGCGGUUCUUGUUUGAUGACAAAGUGGUUGAAGCUGCAAACACCAAGGCGCUUCGUGUUGUGACUAAAGUGAUUGUUUGUUUAUUAGUUGGGUUCUUGUUGUGGCUUGUGAAGACGCUUUUGGUUAAGGUUCUUGCUUCUUCGUUUCAUAUGAGUACUUACUUUGAGAGGAUUCAAGAGUCUUUGUUUAUUCAGUACGUGAUUGAGUCGCUCUCUGGUCCUCCUUUGGUUGAGGAAGAAGAGAGAGUCAGCGUUGAGGUUAAGUCAGGGGCUCAGAAAAGUAGGUUACUUUCUGAUGUUGGAGGAGGAGACAAGAAAGGGAUUACUAUAGAUGGUCUUCAUAAGUUGAAUAAUAAGAAUGUUUCAGCGUGGAGGAUGAAGAGGCUGAUGAAAAUGAUACGGCAUGGAUCACUUACUACAUUAGAUGAGCAGUUAGAAGAUCCAAACUUGGAUGAUGAUAAAGGAAACCAAAUCAGGAGUGAGUUUGAGGCAAAGCUUGCUGCAAGAAAGAUCUUUCACAAUGUCGCCAAGCCUGGAUCAAAAUUCAUUUACGCAAAGGAUAUUUCAAGGUUUCUACCAGAAGAUGAAGUUUUAAAGACUUUAAGUCUCUUUGAAGGAGCUACUGAGACGCAACGGAUCAGUAAAUCAUCUCUCAAAAACUGGGUGGUGAAUGCUUUCAGAGAGAGAAGAGCACUUGCAUUGACCCUAAACGACACAAAAACAGCAGUGAACAGGCUUCACAAGAUGGUGAAUAUUGUAGUUGGGAUCAUCAUACUCAUUAUCUGGCUUAUCAUACUUGGAAUCACAUCCACCAAGAUCCUCGUGGUCAUGAGCUCUCAAGUUGUGGUUGUGGCAUUCAUUUUUGGAAACAUGUGCAAGACAGUGUUCGAAUCUAUCAUCUACUUGUUUGUGAUACACCCCUUUGAUGUAGGUGAUCGUUGUGAGAUAGACGGAGUCCAGAUGGUUGUGGAAGAGAUGAACAUAUUAACAACUGUGUUCUUGAGGUUUGAUAACCAGAAAGUUGUGUACCCUAACAGUCUCCUCUGGAUUAAAUCCAUUGGAAACUAUUACCGGAGUCCAGACAUGGGAGAUGGAAUUGAAUUCUCCAUCCACAUUACUACUCCAGCUGAGAAAAUCAUCCUCAUCAAGCAGAGAAUCACAAGUUACAUUGAAGGGAAGAAAGAUCAUUGGUGUCCAGCGCCAAUGAUAGUAUUCAAAGACAUGGAGUCUUUAAACAGUGUGAGGAUUGCAGUUUGGACAACACAUAGGAUGAAUCAUCAAGAUAUGGGAGAGAGAUGGGCUCGACGAUCUCAACUUGUUGAAGAGAUUGCCAAGAUUUGCAGAGAGCUUGACAUUGAGGAUAGAUUGUUUCCUCUUGACAUCAAUGUCAAAACUAUGCCAUCUCCUAACGGUUUGCCUGUUUCUGAGCGUCUUCCACCUCAUUGGACUGCUCCGGCUUCUGGCAGCAAAUGA